UGGCCACCCUCAUGCUUUAGUUUGUCCAAGAUGGCCGCCCUCAUGCUUAAGUUUGUCCAAGAUGGCUGCCCUCAUGCUUAAGUUUGUCCAAUAGUUCCUUUCAUAAUUUCAGCUACAUGGUGAUAUUUUUUUGUGCCUUAAACCACUCCAGCAAGUCUGUGUGGACAUAAUUGAAGAACUGGAUAUGGUCACAGAAAAGGUUUUGGGGUGAAUGCAUGAAGUGUCAUUCCUCACUUGGAUGCCACUACAAAACUGAAUUCAGCACUGAUUUAUGUCAGUCUUGCACCCGUGUUGAUGAGAGGCCUCGAGAUUACUUACCAACACAAUACACACCCACACAGAAAGACAGAAAGACAAGGGAGUGUGCAGAGGAUUUGUUGAACAGAAGAACAGCUUCUUGUACAAUCUUCACGAUGGAGAGGAUCUUUCUUCUUCUUCUUCUUCUUCUUCUAGCUCAGUGGGCCGAGACUUCCCAUGGCAAACUGAAGAGCCAAGAGGAGAAAAAUGAAGGGACAAGUGAGCGAGUCCUCAUUCGAUCCAAGAGGAGAUGGGUGCUGACUACGAUUGAACUGGAGGAGGAGAGUCCUGGACCAUUUCCUGUAAAAAUAACAGAGUUGUUCAACGAUAAGCAAGACGAUUACUCCGUCAGGUUCAGCAUCAGUGGCCAAGGGGUGACGAAAGACCCAAAGGGUGCAUUAGGCAUUAAUGAACAGACUGGUGAAGUCUACAUGUACAAGCCAAUAGACCGAGAAACAUUUCCCGUUUUCUAUGUGGAGUUCGAUGUGUUUGAUGCAAAAACUGGUAAAACCCUUGACAAAACAUUGUCCUUCAACGUGGCCAUACUGGAUAAGAAUGAUAAUCCACCUGUGUUCAAACCUCAAAUUUUAUAUAUACAAGUUCCGGAGAACAUAAAAGAAGGUGUGCUUCCUUUUUCUCUGCAAGCAAGCGACAAAGAUCAGGAAGACAGUGACAACUCCCGCAUAUCCAUGAAGAUAGUGUCUCAGGAUCCAGCUUUGCCAAAAUUCUCCCUGAGAUCCAUCAGUAGUGUAAAUGACAGCACCAUCUCAAAGAUUUAUUUCACCGGAUGCUUUGAUUAUGAUAAAGUCAGGACUUACAGAAUGCUUGUUGAAGCAAGAGACCAUGGACAGCCAUCACUCUCAUCCACAGCGACUGUUCAUAUCGGCAUCACUGACUCUAACACUCGGGCACCUGUGUUCAUUGCUCCAAAGUACGAUGCUCAGGUUAUGGAGAUGGAAACCAAUAAGGAGAUUUUAAGGAUUCCUGUGCAAGACCAGGACACUCCCAAAACUCCAGCAUCCAGAGCAGUUUUCACUAUCCUGAAGGGUAACGAGGAGGGCAACUACAAGAUUGAGACAGACCCAGUUACCAACGAAGGAGUGCUGACUGUCAUCAAGGCAAAGGAUUAUGAGAGAACUACUCUAACUGAGUUGGAAAUAGGAGUAGCGAACGAGGAGCCAUUAUUUUUGUGUGUUGAUGGAAAGCCAGUUAGUCCCAUUCCAGAGACUUUAAAAAAAAACAGCACGGUUAAAGUCGCCGUCAAAGUCAUUGAUGUGAAUGACCCACCCGUGUUUCAGAAUAAAAUUAAGGUGGUUUACAGGGUUGAAGAAGAAGAGCCAGGAGAUGUGUUGUACACUCCCGUAGUCACAGAUGAAGAUUCAGACCCAGCUAACAUCAGGUAUAAGCUAAUAGAAGAUCCAGCUAAGUGGAUGUCCAUAGACCCAAAGACAUGCAAGAUUACCCUGGCAAAGAAGAUGGACCGCGAGUCUCCAUAUGUCCGCAACGACACCUACACUGUUGUGAUGCUGGCGAUAGAUGAUGGGGAACCUCCUGCCACAGGUACAGGCACUCUGGUGGUCCAACUGGGAGAUAAGAAUGAUAAUAAACCUCAUCUAACCUCCAACAAUUCAGUGAUGUGUGGGAGCAAAUCUGAUAGAGUGAUAGUCACUGCAGAGGAUGCAGAUGCUUUUCCAUUUAGUGGACCCUUCACCUUCACACUUGGCACAGAAGAUCAAGGGCUAAAGAGUCUGUGGAGGCUUGAACCAAGCACAGGGCAGGAAACCUCACUGAUUAGCCUGACGAGUCUGCCUUACGGGACAUACUCGAUUCCACUGAAGAUUGCAGACCACCAGGGAAUGCUAACACACAACAUUUUGCAAGUGGUGGUGUGUGACUGUGGGACAGGAGACGUUUGUCAAGACUUGCUACCUCGGACCUCCAGCCUUCAUGGAGCAGCUAUAGGAAUUCUACUGGGAGCACUGCUCUUGAUGGCUUUGAUACUCUGCUUUUGUUUCUUCUGUGAGUGUCAAGAGGAAAAUAAAUUCAAGCGCUACUUGCAAUUUGAUGGAAACCAAACCCUGAUCGCAUACAACGAUGAAGGAGGAGGUUCAGUCUGCAAGGCUGAUCCACAAUUGAUCCAGAGCCCAACUGGCAUUAUUUGUACCUUGAAGACAGAACAGCAGAGCCCCACCAAUCAUUUUGGCAACUUGAACACAGGAACUAUUCAGCCCACACAGGUAUCCAAUGGAUUUAGAGGUACAACUGACUUGAGGAACAUCUACGGAAUGUCAACAUCCUGGACUAAAAACAGUAGGAAUAGUACAUAUGACACUGUUUGGAGUGGAUUGAGCAAAUCCUUUAGCUUUAACAUGGAAGACUUCCUUGAAAUGAAGCUCUCUAAACUUUCUAAGGAGCUGCAGGACUUCCCUGAAUAUCAGCCGCAAGAUUACAGCUCUGAAGGGACUAUCAUCAACGCUGUCUCACUGGACAAGCUCUCCUUCGGCAGCACUAGAGAUGAGCCGGACCUUGUGCGGAAUUUGGGGCCAAAAUUCACCACUCUGGACGAGAUCUGUCAAAAAGCGAUAAAAGAGAAGAACAUUAAGUUGUAAUUUUUCUAAAUGCCAUUUGCUUUCCUAAUGGAUCGUACAACUUUUUGAGUAGUCCUCUUUUCUAGCUCCAUGUUUUGUGGAUGAUAAAAUACGUCUUGGCUAAGCACUGGAUUUGUGCAACUAUACAGCUUCACGUUAUAACAGUUUCUCUUCAGAAAGGAAAAAACUUAACAAAAAUACAUCAAGACCCCAGUAUAUGUAUAGUGUAGUGUAAUGAUGAUCUAUAGUACAGUACAGUACAGUAUAGUUUAAUGAUUUUGUUACAAUAGACUGGAAUAAUCUUUUCUAGUAGGUCUUGUAAAAGCUAAUUUUUUUAUUACUAUCCCUGUCAACUCCUAAAUCUUGGCACAUCUGUCCAAGUGUUUUGUUUUCUACUUUCUAUUUGUUCUCCAUUUCUCUUCAACCCUGGUUUGUGGAACCUGCACUUUGUUUCCCAAUUUCCACAUUUGGUUGCGGUUCUUGUUCUUGCGAAUCUUGAUGUAAUCACUGUCUCUGGUGAUUGGGCUACUCCAUUCCCCUGUUUCUGUUUCCUAUCUGUUAUUAUACUAAGCUGUUACCUAAAGGUGCCCUCACACAUGUAGCAUUUAAUCCAUUUGAAUGGAGCUCUGGUGUCCCCCCUCCCCCCCUUCAUGUGGUUCUUCAGGCAGGUGAGAACAUAAAUUCCCACCCAGGUGUGAGCCAUAACAGUUUGAUAACGUGAGAAAGCAAGUCGACUCUGAAUCAUCCUGACUGCAGGAAGUGAACCAAACAUGCUGUGUGUUUUGGGUUUCGGUGAUUUUUUUUUUUUUUCCUUUUUUUUUGGUCGAUGUAAGCUGCUAAACAGUUGCGAUGCACAGACUUGCCCAAAGCACAGAGCUGUAGUGCUACAUGAAUGUUUUGUAGAUUUGACAAACAACUAGAGAGAAUAAAUUUUUUAAACUAGUUCUUUCUAUAAAUAUCUAUAGUAAUUUAUUGAGCUCUAUGUUCUCCAUGUUCUGGGGAUUUCUAUGUGCACUUGGCAAGGAUUAUUUACAUUGCUGUAUUUCUGACCAAUGAAUGUAAGAGCCUUAUGAGUACGUUUUUGUUUAUUUUGUGCAUUGUGAAACCAAGCCAAAUAAGAAAUGAACCAAAGGUAUUAUUUUCACUCUGAUUAUCCAUUGUUUAGUCUUUCUAAGUCUUUUCCCUUUUACCUGCUUGUCUGUAUAUUGUACAUUAGGGAUUACUACUUUUCACCAGACCCUAUUUGGAUUGACUGUAAUAAACACUGCACCUCACUUCUGCAUGUUUCAAUAAUGGUUAUAUCCAUCAUAAAAAAUCACUGCUAUCACUUUGUUCGAUAUUGAAGCAUUUGAACGCUCACCUCUUUUCCUCUUCCUGCUUUGAUACACAUUUAUAUUUCUUGUCAUGACUGGUUAUGGUGUAGAAUUUUAGAGAUGGUUUAAAUCAUUUCAGACACAAUAUAAUUUGAUUAUUUUUUGCUCUGGGAAUGGAAAUACAUCCCGGAUAAGCCACAUUCACUGGUAGCCAGUCGGCUAGCUCACAAUGAUUUGUAUAUUCCGUUCUAUGUAUCCAUCGUAUGUAUCAACAAGAUGUAUCUUCCCUUCAUCCUUUUCACCUUUAGCUUUCAUAUUUGAAAUUAUGUUCUUGAAAAAUGUAUUGUUUGCCAUGUCCGCUGAUGACGUCACUAACUCUACUGUAGUAAGACUUCAGUGGGACUGUUGCUAGAAAUUUAUGUGACGAACACAGACAAGCGGAGUGAUACACACAGUGAAACGUCCCAGUGCGGUUAUACUUGGAACGCCGCUCGUCCAGUCAAACAGUCAACCAGAACUAACUGUUCUAUAAAAGCAUCAAAUCUCCUGAAUGUUGAAAAAGGAAAAAAGAAAAAAAAAUUAUAUGAAACCUUACUUGAGUAUUAGAUGUGGGUUCAGUUACUCUACAAACAAGACUUGUUCAUGUAAGUUGUGUAACUGCAAUAAAUGGAAUAACAAAAAUCUAAUUAUCUUUUUAAAGCAGAUAUUUCCUAAUAUGGCAUUUAAAUAAUGCAUAAAAUAUUGUUCAGAUUGUAAGUCAGUUCUAAGUGUGUGGGCAUGUUUUUAUAUCUUGGUGGGGACCAAAUGUCCUCACAAGGAUAUGAAUAUCUGGCAGUUUUGACCUUUUCAUUCAAUUAAUAAUGUUAAGUUGUAUAUUUAAUCAGUGCAUUAAACAGAUAAUGAGCAUUCA